CAGUGGAAGCACAUUGCAGUUUGGUCGUUUUGACAAAGUACCUCUCUCUUCUCAAAACUUAGACAGGAUAGUUGAAAAUUCCAGUCUCUCUGUGUUAAUUGAGACUUCCCAGCCAAAUAAGAACAUGGCAGAUUCACAUUCAGAACGUUUUGAUGGAAUGUUGCUCGCGAUUGCACAGCAAUGCGAAGGAGGGAUUGCUGAGGUACGUGGGAGAAAUUACUUAAUCUGUAUCCAGGUUGAUUUUCUUUGGAACAGAUCUAUAAAUAUGCCAUUAAAUAUGCCACUAAAGUGUCGUUUCCCGCUGAAGCUAUGUUAUCUGUGAGGUGCACACCCCAGCUUGCAUCAAGCAAGUCAAGAAGUAUUGAAAAUACCAUAACAUCUUUUCUGAUCUUUUAAUUGUUUCGCUAUAUGUUCGUCACAUUUUUCACAUUCGAUGUCAUUGAAAAAUGUUCCUUAACAGUUGCUAGAUGUAUUCUUUGGAUUUCUGGAAAGAAAAACAGACUUUUUCAUUGGGGCUGGGAAAGCAAAUGCUGAAAAAAUGGUACUGAGCAAGUUCAAGGAGCAUCAGAAGAAAGUUGAAGAGGUUUGUUUGAAUUAUACGUUACUUGAAUUAAUUCUUAUCAUUUAUUUAUUUAUUUACUGAGCUUUAAAUGUUUUGUACAAGGUAUCAUAUGUACAUUUAUGUAACCCAUGAAUACUAUUUUUUUUUUAAUUGUUUGCAUGCAUUUUAAAAGUUCAAUGCCCCACACCAUCAGAUCAGUUACAUUUUUUCAUUAGGUGUUGUGAGGCUCAUGCAAAGUGUAGUGAAUCCAAGUUGUGAAUUUGGAAUAACUGCAGACUAUUAAGUUUGAUUCCUCUUAUUUGAAAUACAGCUCCAGUUGUUUCAAGCUUCAUAAUAUUUUAAAAUUGGAAUUACAUGUAGUAGCUUGGGAAUUGUAAGGUCUCUGUCUGAUUCCAGUGGACAGCUCCCUUGUUUUUGCAUUGAAUUGUUCAACAUUUGUUCUUUUCUUACUAGAGAGGAGCAGUUUUUGUUACUGACUUCUUUAUUGAGGAUAUGCAAAUAACAUUAUUUUCUUGUGGUUUUUUGUUUACCAGAAAAAGGAAAAAGAGAAGAAGGAGGCUGAAGCUUUGAAAGCAGCAAAAGCUAAUAAGGAAGCACAGCAGAAAACAGAGGCAAAAAUACAAGAAGUGACAGAGGAAGAAGCAGAGAGGAUAAAAAGUGAAGAACAGGAAAGAAAAGAAAAGCAACAAAAAGAGACUGAAGAAAAAAACACAAAAAAAGAUGGAAAGGCUGAAAAUGGAGAGGUUAGCCUUUAUUCUUAUCAUUAAGAAGUUGUACAAACAUGUCAAGUGCUUUCUUUUAGUUUCAGAACAUUUUCCUAUUUACACUUAAUGGAUACAUAAAUAGAUAUCUCAUGCUUUUGAUGUACAUGGAAAAAUUUUUUCCUUGUUUGGUGUAGUUUUAAUGCUUGGUAAGGAUUUUUUAACUCUUUGGCUUAUUCUUUACCCUGCUAGACUGCCAAAGCUGAAGGCUCUGAGGAUGAAGAUGAAGAUGCUAAAGGAAAACUUAAACCUAACUCUGGCAAUGGAGCUGACCUUGAAAACUAUAGAUGGACACAAGUAAGUUGACAAGCGUUAUUCCACUUCUUACGACUAGUAAGCUUGCCAAGCUACCUGAUGAAACUAGUGAGCUUAUAUCACCCACAUGAAAAUCUGUUUGAAACAUCAAAUUCUGUAUACCAUUACUGUAUUUUACAAUAAAACUCAUUCAAGCUCCUGUGGUGUUGGCCAUUAGCUAUGUGUGUAUCUAUACAAGACUUGAUUUUUUUUUUCAACUGACUUUUACCUUAUAUGAACUUUUUUUAUAUAUUUAUUUCAGACAUUGCAAGAAGUAGAGGUGAGCAGAUUUAUGUACAACAGUCAGAGGAAUAAAAAAUUACAACCUGUCUGUUUUAUUAUUUCAAUGUUAUGACUUCAAAAUUAUUACCUUUUUCAAAAUAAAGCUGCCUAUCAGGAAUUAAUGUGAUCUGUAAGAGCAAACAUUGUUAAUAUUUCUAUACAAUAUUUACCAUUUUUAUUUAAAUUAUGUGAACCAAUUCCCUGAUCACUAACUUGAUGACUUUUUCCAGUUCAAGUUUCCAAUGGCAUGUGCCCUGCCAUCUUUCUUAAAUUUUUUUUUUUUUCAUAUGAAUGACUGGUAGCUGUUCACAAGCUAGUCACCAGCACUAAAAUAUUCAUCACCUUAAUAUGUAAACUAGUGGGAAGGUUGUUUGUUUGUAUUUAAAAUUUUUAUAAAAUUCCACUGUGAUGAAUUUACAUCCUUCACUUGGAAGUCAGCAUGGAAUGAUGGAUUCAUACUGAUAUUGUUGAGCUUCUCCUUGUUUACUUGAAGAAGCUGUGAUCAAAUAAGCUGAUAAGAUCUGACAAUGCUGGCAUACAAUAUUGUGGCACUGUUCUCUGAAAUAUAACAAAAUGCAAAUUUUAUUAAUAAUGUUGUUCUUUUUGGAAUGGAAUUUAAGGCCUGGAUUCCUUUAAAAGUCAGUUUUAAAGUGAAAGGAAGAGAUGUAAUAGUGGAUAUACAGCAGUCUGUAAGUUUUUUAUUAAUAGUAAUUUUUACAUGACCAAACUAACAAUUAAAAACAAAGAACCAAACUACAUCAGAACAUUGACUGUAGGCUAAACCCUACAGGCUGUGGAGAGUUUAUCAUCAUGAACACAUAAUGUUGUGGUUCAUUUAAUUGACUGCUGGUUAAAAUUUGAUUUUCCCCUUUUCUAGCUUUGUCGUUUUGUACAAAUCUUUGAUAGAAACGCUUUUAUUACUUAAGGAAGUGGUAUUUGAAAUAAGGGUUAAAAGUGAAGCCUAAAAUAUGAAUCAAAAUGUGCAAGUUCUUCUUUUGUCACCUAGUAAGUUUCCUCUGAUGAAGCUUUUGUUAUUCUGAUGAAGUGCAUUUAGUGCUCAUCCUCACUUCAAAUGUUCUGGUCAAAUUUUUUUAAGAGGUGUCCUUGGUGAACAACAUGUGGAUAGUACUGAAAUAUUUCUGAAAGUUUGGGUUAAAUUAGCUGGUUAUUUUGCCCAAAACUGACUUACCCAAACUGAAACUAUCAGGUAUAAAAUUUUGGUAUAAUUAAUUGUUUUUCUCUCUUCCUCUGUACAUAGCAUUUAAAAGUUGGCUUAAAAGGACAUCCACCUAUAAUUGAUGGAGACCUGCCAAAGAAGGUAGCUAUAAUUUAAUUUACCUUUAAUAUACAGGAGAAUUUUUAAAAAUGCAAAAUAAACAAAAAGGAUUUUGGUAAACAGCGAUAACAAUUUUUUAUUAGGUGAAGAUUGAGGAGUGCUCAUGGGUACUGCAGGAUCAGAAAAAUGUUGUCAUCACCCUAGAAAAAGUAAGUGAAAACCAGUUUAAUUGGGUUAAUUUUUCUACAUAAAAGACUUAAACUUUCAAUAAAAGUCAUGAAUUUAAAGGCAUGCAAUUGGCAGUUAUGUUGUUAGUAAGGAUCUUUCCCUCUUUUAAAGAUUCUGUAAUAUUGCACAAAAUGUUCUUUUCUGUUUGAAAGGAGUUAGCAAGAUUGUCAUUUUAGAAGAAAAAGCUGUCAGUAGUGGUUGCAUUUUUGUUAAUAGUUGCCAUUUUACUAGAAAUUUUCUAGACUAGUAAAAUUUUUUUUCCCUGGCAACCAUUUCAGGAUUUCAGAUCACAAAAUGGUGACUGUAUAGAUUUGAGUUUUGAGCCCUUUUAGCCACUGUAAUGGCAGUUUUUAUGGAUUUUUUAUGUUCUUUUCAUAUUAAACUAGUUAUUUAUUGUUAAUUGCUAAUCAACCCAUGUGUGUGUUUUGUCAGGUUAAUAAAAUGGAAUGGUGGUCACACCUGUUGACAACAGAUCCGGAGAUUAACACCAAAAAAGUUCAACCAGAAAAUUCAAAGGUUAGAAUAUUCCAAGGGUGUAAUAUGGAGAAAAUUAUAAAAUCGCCACAACAAUUAUUGUUGAUGUCUUCAGCAGAAACAUAGCAGCUUAAGCUCAAGCGUCAGCUAAUGCAUUGGCAAAAUAAUGCUCACAAAAUUAGCUUAGAGACUCUUUAUGGUGGCCAAUAUACUUUAUAAAUUCAUUUGAUAAAGCCAAAUUAUCUUGUUAUACCCCCACCAACAGUUUCUCUAGAAACUUACCCUCUUUAUUCAAACUCUGAAAACUUUGAGCAGCAGAAAUAUUUUGAAAAUGUAACUGUGUUUCAAAAAAAAAACAAAUCAGCAGAGAUAAUUUUUUUGUGAUUUUGAGGUUUACCCCUGCUCCUGUUUGCCCUGCCAGGAUGAAAUCAAAAGUGUGGACAGUUUUCUUGGUAAAUUAAUAAUAAAUUUAUUUUAUAUUUGAUUAAAACAUAUUAGCAAACAUCAUUUAUUGCUGUCUUUACUGCAGCUUGGGGAUUUAGAUGAUGAAACAAGAGGAAUGGUAGAGAAAAUGAUGUUUGAUCAAAGACAAAAAGCUGUAAGUGUUAAAAUAUGUCAUCAGAUAUAUUACAAACUAUAAGAUGGAAAAAUGGGGUAGUGGCCUCAUUAAAAGUAACAACAAUCCAACAUGUAAACAUCAUUUGAAGACAAAUGGAGUAGAAGAAAAUUUAAAUGUUUACUUCAAUUGGAACUGAGUCAAAACUCAAAUAAUGGCAAGUGCACAGCAGAAAAACAUACUGUAGGUGGUUAAUCAAGACUGGAAAUUCGGAACUUCUGAGAAGUCAACUUCAGUUGUAACAUUUAAAUUAUUGAUUACCCAAACAUUUGUUUUUUCACUAGAUGGGAUUACCCACUUCAGAAGAACAGAAAAAGCAAGAUAUCCUAAAAAAGUGAGUUUUUUUGUCCCUCAAGAAUGGAGUUGAAAUGCCCAUUGUCUGGCUUACUUACUUGAAUUACAUCACUAAGGAAGUUCAGGACCUUGCACCAUUAUUUUUACCUGUCAAGGUAGUGAGUACAAACUCCUAUGGAUCGUGUUUUCAUUGGUAGGCAAUACCUGUGUGAUGUUUGAAAGAGGAGUUUACAAAAACAAAAAAGUUUGUUUCCUAUCACAACUGACAUUUGGUGGUUUGGCUUAGGAAAUUUUCCCAAUGAACAUAUAUCACUUAUAUAUGUGUGUGUGUUAUGUUUUUUAAGUAAGGAGGCCUACCUUGUAUAAGCCCUGUGGUGUUUGGAGGCCCCCUUGCCAUCUAUUAAAAAUAUUGUUAUUCAACAAGUGCUGUAAACUUACUUAGUUGGUGAUGUAAACCACCUCUCUCUUUAUGAAUGACAAAUAAAAUUGUAAUUUCAUAUUUGCUCCUUUUUGCCAGGUUCAUGGAACAACACCCAGAGAUGGACUUCUCAAAAGCCAAGUUUUCAUGAACUUUAUUCAAGUUAAUGAUGCAAAUCAAAUCAUGCCACCAGUUUAUUGCUCAAAAUUUAAUGUGAAACGAAGCAAAAUCAUGGCGAAUCAAUGCUUGGUUUUCACAAAGGACAUUUAGUGUGUUGUCUGUUACUUUGUGCUUUGCAGUAAUAUUUUUAUUCUCUUUUCAACAAAAGCUUAUGAUCAGUCAUUCUACUCAGCUGCUGUUCUUUAGGAUAUCAUGCUAGACUUGUUCCAAUAGAAAAUCAGUGAACUGGCAUUAGAGAUUAGUUUGCCCUCUUUCUUUUUUACUUUAGAAUAAAGAACACCAUGGAUUGUGAUACUGCAAACAAAAAUGACCCAAGAUAGCACUUAGAACUAUAAAAUUGGGUUCAUAGAAUUAUCGGGUACUCAUCAGUCAAAUAAACAGUAACCUUUCAUUAAGUUUGUAGUUCUC